GCGGCCCCUGCGGAGCAAGGGCGGAGAGGAGGCGGCGGCCGCGGGGAGACGCGGGGGGCCGGAAACAUGAAUCGGAGUUUUAACAAGUCUCAGACUCUGCGCUCCCCCGAUUGCAGCGCGGUGGAAGUGAAAAGUAAGUUUGGAGCAGAAUUCAGAAGAUUUUCUCUAGAUCGUUACAAGCCAGGAAAGUUUGAAGACUUCUACAAACUUGUUCUUCACAUUCACCACAUUUCCAGUACGGAGGUGAUGAUCGGGUAUGCUGACGUACACGGGGAUCUUCUUCCUAUUAAUAAUGACGAUAACUUCUUCAAGGCAGUUUCAAGUGCAAACCCACUGCUCAGGGUUUUUAUACAAAGGCAAGAUGAAGCAGACUACGGUAACUUUGGGACAAAUACACUGUCCCGGAAAAAGAAAGCUCUUGUGGCCCUCCGUAAUGACAACCUUCGGAGACGCCCCCAUCUUAAUAUCAGCAUGCCUCAUGACUUUAGACCAGUGUCUUCCAUUAUUGAUGUUGACAUUCUUCCUGAAACGCACAGAAGAGUGAGAUUGUAUCGACAUGGAUGUGAGAAACCACUAGGCUUUUACAUUCGCGAUGGGACCAGCGUUCGAGUAACUCCUCAUGGACUGGAAAAAGUCCCAGGUAUUUUCAUCUCUCGUAUGGUUCCUGGUGGCUUGGCAGAGAGCACCGGGUUGCUGGCUGUUAAUGAUGAAGUCCUGGAAGUUAAUGGAAUUGAAGUAGCUGGGAAAACUCUUGACCAAGUUACAGACAUGAUGAUCGCCAACAGCCAUAAUCUUAUUAUCACUGUCAAGCCAGCAAACCAAAGGAACAAUAUUAUCCGAAGCAGUAGGAUGUCUGGCAGCUCGGGCCAGUCUACGGAUAGCACAGCUAGUCAUCACAGCUUGCCUUCCUCCCAUGUUCUGCAGAACUUCCACCCAGAUGAAAUGGAGAGUGAUGAGGAGGCUGACAUUGUCAUUGAGGGUGGCCUGGAGCCACAGCACAUUCCCAAAUUGCACAGCCUGCCGUCUAGUAGCCUCUCCCGCAUCAAUGGCAGCAGUCUCAGCCACAGACUUCAGAGGGACCUAGUACUCAACAACAGUUCCGGCCGGGAAAGCAAUGGCAACAUCCAUAAAAUACUAAGUUCCUUAAAAACUGAUCCCCGACAUAGUUUGGUUAUCCCCAGAGGAGGCAUUGAGGAGGAUGGAACUGUGAUUACGCUUUAGUGGCAGUUCUUGUACUAUGUGUUCUUAGUCUUAAGUGCCAAUUGGAACAAAUCUUGACUCUUGCAACAUGUGAUGCACAGAACAAAAGAGAACCUAUGUUCUCAUAGACCUCAUGGGUGCAACAAAUGUUGCUUUCUUGGAAAUAUGGCUUCUGAGAUUAGACAUAAAUCUGCUGUGUAUUGCAAAUUCUUGAGAUGCAGCGUGAAUGUGGUUCAUCCUGCAUCUACGGUGAGAAUGAAAAUUAUUUUUAAUUUCAUAAAUCUGAGCAAUCCUGUAUACUAGGAAAUGGCAGAGCUGCACAAUUGAGUUAGCGUGUCUGCUAUAUAAGUGGGUGUCUUUCUAAUUUGCUUGUAUACAAAUUAGAUCUUGAUAGUUGUAACAAACCUAUUUGGGGUCUCUUUGAAUUGGUCAUAGAGAAAAACAUUGAUCUCCUUUCUUUUUAAAGGAUUAAUUAACCAGCAGCUGAUACAGCUGCUUACAUACAGAUUUUUCUGUUAACUCGUUUGUGCAGAAUAUUGGCCACAUUUUGUCUAAUCCAAGUAAGCUCUGUAUAAAGUAGUAUUUUCCCAGUGUGGUGGUUGCCAGGUUUGGGAAAUGCUGCAGUUACUCUUUCCAAAUAAAUUCUGGCCAAAUGAGAUUUAUAUAUAUAUAUUUUUAAAGUCUUAAGUGAGAAGGGAAAAGAAGGAUGUUGAUGCUGUUAUUCCUUUUAGAUCAGCACCACCUGCUGGUCAGUGGCAGUACUGUCUGAGUUAUAAACUAUUUUUUAUGUUUGAUUUACCGAUUGUGGAAAGGAAAAUAGAUUACCUAGAGGGUUUUUAACUGACUUCUGUUUCUUUGCAUUCUUUUUCUUUUUAAAAUAUUUAUUAGACAAAAUUUACCAGAUGUCAUGAUUAUGGUUUCCAUCAUCUCCAUUGUUGGGUAAACAAUUACUGUUAAUUUAAGGGAUAUAAGCAGGAAGGCAGCAAAAAUGCAAGACACGGGUUAAGACCAUGACCUAAACCAUAUAACUGACAAAGCAUCUCACUAUUUUGGUGGUGGGGAAACCAUAAUCCAUAAAGUCUUUAGCUACAAAAGACUGGCUAUGUUACACUUAAGCAGUAUUGACUAACAUUCUAGGCUAACUCUGAAUAGGUUGCUCAGACCCCUUCAGUUGUCAUCAGGCAUCAGAGAGGGGCCUGAAAUGUUUGGUACAAAGCUUUUUAGGAAUUUAAAAUACAACUUAUGUCAUAGGUUACUAAAAGAUCUUUAUUUGAUACUGCUUACACUACCAACUUUAAGACAAUAACUGGACCAGGUACACAAAAGAAAACCCAUUUACUUCCAGUUCAGUUUUUUUCUUUGCCACAGAAAAUACCAUGAGGUGUUAAAAUGGUCUAAUCUAAAAUGUUUUGUAAUAUCCAACAGUUUAAAGAACAAAAUAUAAAUGUUGUACAAUGUAUUUUUCUACUUUACCUUAUGUGUCAUUUUCUUUUGGUUUUUUUUAACUUUGUAGCGUGGAUUAAAGCUUUUUCUUUUUUAAUGUAGUGAAAUGGGCUUUUUUUUUUUACUUAAUAUACUGCUUUGAUUUAAACAUUUGAAACACUUUGUUUUAAAAGAUGAUUUCAGUUUUGGAGUUGGAGGAAAGAUGUAUGUGGAUCAAUUUCCUGUUACUCAUUUAAAGUACAUAUGAGCAACAGUUAGAUAAGCUUUGGGACACUGAACUAAAUCCGUGCAUUUAUUUUUGGUCUUAUUUAUUAAUAUUUUUUCAUUUGCUGUUCUAGGCACCAUAAGCAAAUUUGCUCAGGCUUAGCAAGAGUGAAAUAUCAGUCUUGUUACUCCAUCUUACAACAACUUUAUUUGUAUCCUUCCAAAAGUAGUUAUUUUUAUCUGAUGGAUGUUGGUGCAGCAGCUAGCUUUAAUUACUUACUGUGCCAUUACCUGCUUCAGUCAAUCAGACCAGUUAUCAAUAAAAGCAGUGUUAUUUGAA